UGAGCGCGCGGCGGGGCGGGCCCCUCCCCCCGGGCGCGAGCGGCGCGGUGCGGGGUGACGCGCAGCGGUGCGGGAUGGUGCCGGCGGUGGCCUGGGGCCGCGGGCCUGGCGGCGGCGGCGGCGGCUUCCCCUACGCGCGGCCAACGGCUGCCUGCGGGCCGCGCGGCUGAGCGCGCGCCAGCCCCGUCGGCGGGCGAGCCUAUUGUCUUCAGGAAAUGGCCUCUUCUAAAUCACUGAUGAACCUUCUAACCUUCACUUUUGGAUCAGUAAUAGGAUUUUUCCUAUGCUAUCUUCUGUUCAGCAUGAUACUAGAAGAACAGGUUAAGAUCCAACCUCAUAUUCUUCACAAUGAUCCACAUGGCCAACACUCAGCAGAUACUGGUAAUAAUCAGCUGCAAGGACAAAUGAAUUUCAAUGCAGACUCUGGACAACAUAAAGAUGAGAAUAAAAAUGUUGCAGAAGGACUGUAUCAGAAGGUGAAAAUACUUUGUUGGGUGAUGACUGGACCUCAGAAUCUAGAAAAGAAAGCCAAACAUGUUAAGGCCACCUGGGCCCAGCGUUGUAAUAAAAUACUUUUUAUGAGCUCUGAGGAAAAUAAAGACUUUCCAACUGUGGGCCUAGAAACCAAAGAAGGCAGGGACCAACUGUACUGGAAGACUAUUAAAGCUUUUCAAUAUGUUUAUGACCAUUAUUUUGAUGAUGCUGAUUGGUUUAUGAAAGCAGAUGAUGAUACAUAUGUUAUUUUGGACAACUUGAGAUGGCUUCUUUCGAAAUACAACCCUGAACAACCAAUAUACUUUGGAAGAAGGUUUAAACCUUAUGUGAAACAAGGCUACAUGAGUGGAGGAGCAGGAUAUGUUCUAAGCAAAGAAGCUCUGAAGAGAUUUGUUACAGCAUUUAAAACCAACAAAUGCUCUCACAGUUCUUCUGUUGAAGACCUAGCACUAGGAAAAUGCAUGGAGAUUAUUAAUGUGGAAGCAGGAGAUUCCAGGGAUACAAGUGGUAGAGAAACUUUUCAUCCCUUUGUUCCAGAACAUCUCUUAAUCAGAGGAUACCUACCAAAAACAUUCUGGUACUGGAAUUAUAAUUAUUAUCCUGCUAUAGAGGGUCCUGGAUGCUGCUCUGAUCUCACAGUUUCAUUCCACUAUGUUGAUUCUAUGACUAUGUAUCAGUUGGAGUAUUUGAUUUAUCAUCUCCGUCCAUAUGGGUAUUUGUACCGGUACAAUCCUGAUUCUGCAAAGAAUCUAGAAGAGCAGAGCAAAAAUGAGGCACUGGAGGAUAAUCAAAAGCUAAAGCAAGAAAUUUCUGAGAAUUAAUCAGGCUCUGAAGAGAACUAAAAGAAGCCAGUGUGGUGAGCAAGAAUCUCCUUGAACUCUUGUAUCAAGCUUGGACAGAAGACCAGAAUUACUCAUGGUGAUUCUUAUAUCCAAAAUCAUAUGUUGGCAGUAUUUCCUGUCAAUGUCUGUAUACAACAGGGUCUAGUGCUGACUCUGACUUAGUAUGACCCUGCAGCCCUACUCAUAAAGAUUUGGGCCCUAAAGCUGUGAAAUAGGAAGUUGUUCUGGUGCACCUAGUACCUGGAAGAACCUUUAUUAAAAAUGUGGUGGACAGGUUCAAAGAUAAUCAUACAGUAUUUCUAUUCCUUUUCUGUUCCCCCCUUCACUUCCUUCUAGGUGUUGUUAGGUCAGUUCUAAUAUUAGAAAUCUGAUGCUGCACAGUGAAAUACUUUAUGAUUAUUUUCUUCAGUAUUCUCGGUAUCUUGAAGUUAUGUUAAAUAUCUUGCCCUAUAAGGAAGGGAUGGGGUGAAAAUAAAGCCUCAAAUCUGUUUGCCUUAGAGACAGACUGGUUAAUGUGAGUAGAUAGAGAUAACUCAAAUGAUUUAAUCUGAAUUGUUUCACAAAUGAAAUUCAUUGCUAUGAAUUCCUUUUAAAACUUUUUUACUAAAACUGUCUAUUGUACAAAAACAACAUGAGGUCUGAUAACUACAGUUUUAGGGAGAAAUCCAGUAAUGUUUAAAUUUCUGAGGUUAUGUGAGGAGCUUACGUAUUUGCCAGUGGCAGUACUUUUUUUUUUUUGUCUGCAAUGUAUCAACUUAGCCCUUGAUUGAAUAGGUAUAAAAAUUCAUCUUGGAGCUUCUCUGCAAAAGAUAAGGUGGAUGGUUUUUCAAAUAUAAGUCUUUCUCUUAUUACAUCUUCUAUGUAAACCAAAAAAUUUAGUAUCUUAGCAAAGUUACACUGGUACAUAAUGAUGUGGUUUUACCCAGUAUUGUAAUUAGUUUAUUUCUAUUUAAUUUUCUCAUUACUAUAUUUUGAGAUUGUGAAGUUAGCUUUUUUAUAAAACUUUACAGGCACAAACAAGUCCUGUUUUAAAACUACAGCAAAGCUGAUUUGACUGUUUCCCUACACAUUUAGUUUAUUUGGCUGAAAUACUUAAUUUCACUUCUCUGAAGAUUUUUCUAUCCUAUUCUUAAACUUUCUUCUGUAUUUGUUUCUGUUACCUUUUUCAGGACAAAGUGUUAAAUCGUUCCUAUAUAACUCUUUUGUGAGGCUGAAGUAUAUAGUUGUUCAGGUAAGCCAAUCUGAAUGCAGGGAUUUUUCAAAGUGCAUUAACUUUCUCCACUACUUCAUGAGCUCCUUGUCUAAAUCUUAUCUGCUUCUUAUCUAGAAACACUUUCUUGGUGUUUUCUCUGUGGUGACAAAAUACAUAUUUUAAUUACUGGAGAAUUCUCAGAGACCAAGCCUACAUUUUAUAUACACAAUGUAAAACCUUUUAGUUUUUUCUUUUUCAAAUUCAGUUAAUAGCAAAGGUGUGUGUGUGUGUGUGUGUGUGUGUGUGUGUGUAUGUGUGUUUAAGCUUGACAUGUAGAGUGUCUUUAUUCCACACUUGAACAAAAGUUUCUUUAUCAGUUUUCAUCUUCAUCAUAUUGAUGAAUUUGGACAAAACCUGAUUACCUCCAGCCAUUGUUUUGGAAAGGGCGCAUACUGGUAGCAGACGGCCUUAUUGAAUACUGCUGUCCUUCAGGAUGUUCCUGGAAGAGGAUGUUACCAUAAAGUACUGGAAUUUUUUUUUUUCCAAAGAUAGUUCUCACACAGAUUGGGGUUCUCUCUGUUGUCCAACAAUAGUCUGUCAUGGCUUCUUUUCUGAUUAUUAGUCUGUAGCGUGAUGGCAAUUACUGAAAUAUCUCAUGCUCUUGAGGUAUUAUAUCUACCUUUGCUUCUCUGCCUGAAUAUAGGCUGGUUUUAUAUAUCAAGUAUCAAUUAAAUAGUUACUGCAGGGUUAAAUCUGUGGGUAUUUAAAGAGCAAGAUUGGUUCUGAAGUACUGAAAGGGACAAGAGCUUUUUUUUAUGUUAAUAUAGUUAUUUAGAAGAUUAUAACUCUACAUCCCUGUAAGGAAGAAAAAACCUCCAGUUUGUGCUAAUCAAAUGGACACUUGUCCAGAGGAGAACGUAUAGUACUUGUUUUAGUCAGAUGCUUCUACUGUGAGCUAAAUGUUUGUCCUAUGUGCAACACAAACCAAUAAUAUUGUGAAAUCCGUAUGCCAUUGAAAACUGCAGUGACAUUGUUCAUACUUGCAAUUAAAAUGUUCUGUAAUAUUUAAGGAAAUUAUAAAAUGAAAUCAAGAUCCUAACUUUAAACUUAAUCUCUUUGUAAUUUCAGGCUGCAUAGAAGGCCUGCUGUACUGCCGUCUAUAAUUCCUUAUUACUGCUUUCUUCAUGAUUUCUUCCCUUGACAUUUAAAGACUUUAUUUCACUGGAUGCAGAACUAAUCUUGCAUGUUUUCUGCAGAUUUGUGCCUUUUGUCUGCCUUGCCCUAUCCUGGGAGUAACAUCAUUUCCUCUUCAUCUUCCUUUAAUAUCCUUUCCUGAAUUUUCAGUUUUAUCACCCUUAAGUCCCAGGUGGAUGAAAGGAAGCAGAUAGUGUGAUAUUUGAACUUCACAUGAGUCGGUUGCUGAGAUGACAAGUAAACCUGGCACUGGCGAGUUCACAGUGAGGCUUUUUGCUCAGCAGCAGUUCUAAUAUUUGCCCACUACCCAUCUGCAGCUUAUAGGUUUAGCAGAGUGUCUCCCUCCACAAAAAAUGUAGGACCUAAGAGGGAAUGAAGAAAUAAAGGAACCAAGCAAGCAGCAUGUUUACACAAGUUUCAUUUCAUUAAGGAAUGAGGCUAAAAACAUCAAGGUUUGUGAUAAAUAGGUGGCCUGUCUGGAGAAAUAAGUGUAGCCUUCUCUUUAAGCAUUUAUUUUUGCUUUGUUUUGAAGUGUCCUUGUUCCUAGGCCCCUGAAACUCUUUCUUUUGCCUUUCUAGCAGUAUUGCAGAGAAAUAAUUUUUCUUGCCUUCCAGUAUCCAGCAAAGCUUGAAGUAUUGAUUUUAUAUUCUGUGAUUAUAACAGUGAGCUUUUGCUUCGUGUUGGAUUGUAUUGUCCUAACAAUGAGCUGAUACCUAUGAAAUAAUUGGUUUGUAUCUCAUCUCCCUUCAAAAGCUUAAGUAGACAAGGUUGGAAUAUGAACAGUUAGUAUAAUUUUCAUGUACAGUAUGAUACAACUAUUAGUAGCUUAUUAUCUCACUCUCAGGUCUUCAUGCUUUCAGGUAACGUUUAUGAGUUUAAGUAUUUCUGCAGCCCAAGAAGGCUGCUGUAUUUCAGGUGGAUAAACCUUUGUGAAGCAGGAAGCAUAGACUCUCUUAGGCUAUACAGAUCAUUGCUCAUUAAAAAAAAAAAAAAAAAGAAAAAGAAAAAGCUUAUAAAACCAGAAGCUUCCAUCACCAACAUAGUGAAUAAAAUGAUGGAACUAAAGAAUUCUGAGCUAGUUUUCUUGAAACUACUAGAUAGCAGGCUUUCCUUAAACAGUUGUUUGUACUUGGAUGUGGGACACUGCAUGGAUGUCACUUGGUAUAACAGAAUAGCAUUUUAACCUUGUGUUACAAGUGUGUUUUAGCUCUGAAAGAAUGAGACUGUCCAGUUGUUAUCUUCUGAUCAAAGUUCUUAAUCAGAGGAUGAUAUUAGCGUUUGUUUUCAGAAAAAGACCAGUUUUAAUCUUCUUUCACUGCUAAUUCAUUUUUAUAAUCUAUAUUGGUCUUGUUUAAAAGAGGUUAAAUACUGGUGGUAUUAGCACCAUCUUUCAUUUUGCAAAAGCUCUUUUCCUGAUGCAUUUUUGUCUUUGUUUUGGUUUGACUAGGGUAUACAUUAAAAUAACUUUUUCUUCACAUGUUGCCAUUUGCUCUGUUAAACUUUCAAAAGUAAAAAUUUCGAUUAAUAGCUGGUAGAUCUGUUACAGACAAUUUGCUGAGAAGUUUUUUUUUUUAAUCUCUGUCUUACAGAGAAAAGUGUGGGUUAUUUCUCUAAUGUACCUGCUACUGAUGUUCGUUGUGCACACAUGGAUCCUUCAAUACAGGACUACUUGGAAAGACUAUUUUGUCCUUUCCCUGACAACUUCUGUGGAAGUCCUAUGUUUUACCAUGUUGUAUUUAAAAUAUUCCACAAAUGUUAAUAAUACUCUAAGAGAAUUUAAUAUUGCUGCUGGGCAGUACAUUCCAUUUAGAACUUGUGAAUGUUUCCUUUUGCAAUUAGACACUCACGUCCCUAAGAAAGGUGCAAGUUGGUGACUUGUCUGGAGUGAUCACCGUAAGGAUUUUUUUCUUAAAUAUCUUCUUUGAAGUGCCUUUGACAAAUUUUUAGCAUCAAAAUCAAGUUGAGAAUUGAACAAAUAAAAUAACUUACCUCAUA